AUGGCUAUCAGCCACGAAAUAAAGGAAGUGGAAGCAGAGUCCCGAACUGCACCUCGCGAGAUUGCGGAGAUGAACAAUGUCUCUGCUGACCAGCAGGAUGCUGCGCACCGGAUGCUGAGAGGUGCCCCAGGCAACAUACAAUCACCGCUGUCGCCCAAGGGUACUGCUAAUCUGCUGCUGCCGUUGGAGGCGAUGGAGGAAGAGAUUGAGGCGUCAGAAGAGGAAAUGAGAUCCGUCCACCCCGAACCGGAGUCUGGACCUUUGGACUCUGCCCCUGGGGCUCUGUCCAAGAUAAUCCCACCAGGCGGGUUGCUGUCCACUGUUUUCAAUCUCGUCUCUAUAUGUGUUGGUGCCGGCAUCUUAGGCCUCCCUGCUGCAGCAAACAGCAGCGGCCUUCUCAUGGCGCUCUUCUACCCAAUGGUCAUUGUGGUUCUCUCCGUGUACUCGCUGUACUGUCUCGCCGUGCAGAUGGAGCGAUUUAGCUUGAAGACAUAUGAGGGCAUGUCACGCACACUACUGGGCCCGGGAUUUGACCAUUUCACGGCUGCAAUGCGUCUACUAAAUACCUUUGGCAGCUCUGUGGCGUCUAUCAUUGGUGUGGGUGAUCUUUUUAGCGCCAUCCUUGACAACACCGAUGCUCCCGACUACUGGAAGUCAACGUCAGGGAACCGUCUGCUGACAACUCUCUUGUUUCUCGCAGUGAUGCUGCCGCUUGUCAUUCCGCGGCACAUCAACUCGCUACGAUACGUCUCCACGCUGGGUGUGGGAUUCAUCGUGUACUUUGUGGUUACGAUCAUCGUGCACUCGUGCAUGAACGGGCUCCCGGACAACGCAAGCAAUAUACACGUGGCCGGUACCCCUAAGGACGACGGAAUCCACCUGUUUGGCACGGGGAACAAGGCACUGGAUGGGCUUGGUGUCUUCCUGUUUGCAUUCCUGUGCCAAGUGAACUCGUUCGAGGUGUACUGGGACAUGGCAGAGCGCAGCGCGAGCCGCUUCACCCUUUACUGUGCUAUCGCGAUGGCUGUGUGCUUCUUUCUGAACCUCCUGACGGCCAUCUUUGGUUAUCUUGAUUUCGGCAGUCGCGUGACCGGAUCCGUCCUGCUGAUGUACGAUCCUGUGAAAGAACCAGCGGUGAUGGUGGCGUACGUUGGGGUGCUGGUGAAGCUGUGCGCGUCUUUCCCGCUUCUCAUGAUGGCCAGUCGCAAUGCCGUCUACCACACAGUGGGCUGGGACCCUGAUACCUUGCCCUUUUGGAAGCACUGCAUCGCAGCUGUCUUUCUUGCGUUUGCUGCGUUGAUCUGCGGCCUGUUCAUCCCGAAUAUCAACACCGUGUUUGGUUUCUUAGGUGCAUUCUGUGGGGGUACAAUGGCAUUCAUGUUCCCCGCUAUUCUCAUGAUGUACGCGGGUAGCUGGUCGCUGAGGUCUGUGGGAUGGAUGCACUACAUCCUCACGUAUGCACUGCUGUUUGCCGGAAUUAUUAUGGUCGUGUUCGGAACGGGCGCCACCAUUUACGGCGUGGCAGUGGGCUCUUAA